UGUCAAUCUUCUCUCCUUUUUUACUCUUUUCUUUUUUUUUUAAACAGUUUUGUUAAGACUUUGACUGGUAAGACCAUUACUUUAGAAGUUGAAUCUUCUGACACCAUCGACAAUGUUAAGUCUAAGAUUCAAGACAAAGAAGGUAUCCCACCUGACCAACAAAGAUUAAUCUUUGCUGGUAAGCAGUUAGAAGAUGGUAGAACUUUAUCUGACUACAACAUCCAAAAGGAAUCUACUUUACAUUUAGUCUUAAGAUUAAGAGGUGGUAUCAUCGAACCAUCCUUAAAAGCUUUAGCUUCCAAAUACAACUGUGAAAAGUCUGUUUGCCGUAAGUGUUACGCCAGAUUACCACCAAGAGCUACUAACUGUAGAAAGAGAAAGUGUGGUCACACCAACCAAUUACGUCCAAAGAAGAAAUUAAAAUGA